CUGUCACCUUGGGCCCCUGGGCCUGUGCCCAAUAUGCCAAUGCAUGAGCAAGCUACCCAUGACGCCCAAGUAUUUUCUAAGUCAUUAAUACAACUAUGUCACAUUGUAAUGACACUGCCGGCUGAAUUAGCUACACAGUGUUCACGCAAUGUAUUUUCACGGUGGUAAUGCUUGUUUGAGUUGAUUAAAGGCCAGCGCGUGCUCUUGUAGAGCUUGUUGAGACGCUGUGAGGUGAAACAGAAACCAGCGGCUCAGCGCGUCAUGAGUCACGAGCCAACACAGGAAGUCCCUGCCAGCCGCUGCCAAGCUCAAUAGCUGACAUGAAGAUACGAGUAACUUAGUCAAUAAAAAAAGUGUUUCCGUGCCAUACAGAAGUCAAUUUAUGUUGAUGCCCCCAGCCUCUGUGAAAGAGCGAAUGUUACCACAAUGGAAAGAGCUGUCAAAGUCGUUCUGUUGUCGGUCGUUUUCAUGGUAUCAAAGAUAAACUGCCAAGAAGCAAUUUUGCACAUCUCAGAUGGAAGCACAGAGAGGGAGUACUGUAUCGUCCACAACCACUCCUGGACCCCCCUGCCACAAACCCUUGAUGCUGCUGUAAAUUACCCACUGGUGAAUAUGACCUCCACUGUGCUGUGUAAUGGCUCAGGGAUCAGUCCAGAGGAGGUGAAGGGCAAAGCGUUGGUGGUGAUGAGAGGGGACUGUGAUUUCAGCCAGAAAGCCGUGGUUGCUCAGAGCCUUGGAGCUGCAACUUUGCUUAUUGCCAGCAACACAUUACUGAUCACUCCGUCAGCCAAUGACUCUGAGUAUGCAAAGGUCAAUAUUUCUUUGGCUCUCAUGAGGUACAGGGACUUCCUGGAAGCACAACAGACAUUUAGUAAAAACAUGAUGGUGAAGCUGUAUGCCCCACCUCACUUAAAGAUUGAUCCAAGCAUUGCCGUCAUCCUACUGAUUGCCAUUGUCACGGUUGUCUUGGGCGGCUACUGGAGUGGGGCAUGCGAGAGAGACCGGUUGAAUAGCGGCACGGCGGGGGGAGGAGGAGGAGGAGGAGGAGGAGGAGGAAGGGGAGAAAACAAAGCAGACAGUGGAGAGCUUUCCCUGUACUCUCCUCUCAAAGUGGUUAUCUUUGUCGCCAUGAUGUGUGGGAUGCUGGUCCUCAUGUACUACUUCUACAAUGUCCUCGUUUACAUCAUUAUUGCUAUAUUCUGCCUGGCAUCUGCCUCUGCACUGUUCAGCUGUCUUGAUGCAGUGAUGGAAAAAAUUGGCUGUGGCACUGUGAGCUUCUCCAUCCGAAAUUGGAAGUUCUCUGUGAGGUCUCUCCUACUGGCUGCUGUGUGCAUUAGCAUUGCUGUGGUCUGGGGAGUGUACAGGAAUGAAGACAGAUGGAUCUGGAUCUUGCAGGACCUCCUUGGCAUUGCUUUCUGCCUCAACUUCAUGAAGACCAUUUCUCUGUCCAAUUUCAAGAUCUGUGUGAUUCUGCUGAGCCUCCUGCUUGUAUAUGACGUCUUCUUUGUUUUCAUCACUCCUUUCUUCACCAAGAAUGGGGUGAGCAUUAUGGUGCAGGUUGCCCUUGGCCCAGAUGCAUCUGGGGAGAAGACACAAGGUAACAUGGUGGAGGUCCCCGCCGAACCCCAGGCUCCCUCUGAGAAACUGCCAGUGGUGAUGCGUGUGCCACGGUUCUCAGCUUGGGCUCAGAACCUGUGUGGGAUGCAGUUCUCCAUCCUAGGCUAUGGAGAUAUCAUUGUUCCAGGUCUCCUGGUGGCCUACUGCAGCAGGUUUGAUGUUUGGGUCAACAGCAGGAAGAAGAUCUACUUUGUCAGCUGCUGCAUAGCCUAUCUGCUGGGAAUGAUCCUGACAUUUGCCGUGAUGCUGCUGUCAGGGAUGGGCCAGCCCGCUCUUCUCUACCUGGUGCCCUUCACCCUGAUAACCUCAGCAGUGGUGGCUGGGUGCCGGGGAGAGAUGAAGCAGUUCUGGGCAGGAACCACUUAUGAGGUCUUGGACUCAUCCAGGGAACCUCUGUUGCCAGAGGGAAGAACUGACAGCUCCGUAGGUGGCGAGAGAUGCUGACUUACAGUGUAGAGCGUGGACCCAACUGCUGGAUGCUUUUUAUAUAUAUUUUAAUAUUACAUUUGCAAAGCAAGGGAACAUACGUUAAUGAUCAACACAUUCUUAAAACAUUAAGGGUUCAUUUUGACUGCUGUGAACAGAUAAGAAAUUAAUAGCUAUGUGGAACAGAGAUGUUUAACGUGGUUUGUUUAGUGCCUGAAAUGUCUAUUAGGUUCACGUUCAGAAAACUGUAAUGACUUUGCCUUGGUAAUGAUUGCAUACAACAAAAUGAGAAAGCACUUUAUAAUAUUUAGCUUGACAGUUGGUUCAUCAUGGGCAGGGAGGGGUUUGGGGAUUUGAAUUACUUGUAGCUACAUUAUGACACAUUUUGAUAACUGUUUGGGGGUUUCUGUGUAACCUGUUUGUAUGAUGUGAUUUCUUUCAUUGCCUUAUAAUAAAUGAACAACUUCUAUUUAA